AUGUCAACUUCUGAUAAUAAGUUAGUUUGGGAUUGGCCAUUAAGUCAUUCUGAGGAUGGUGUCUUUACCUCAAAAGAAAUUGAUGGCAAAAUUGGAAUUACCGUUGAUUGUACAUUCUUUAAAGAUAAUGAAGUUAAAGUAAUUGUUGAUAAGGACAAAAUCGACAUUCAUUGUCUUCAUGAAGAAGUUGAAAAGAGUGGUUUGGUUUGUAAAAGAGAAAUCUCAAGAACUUAUAGAUUACCACAAGAUCUUGAUCCAAAAACUGUAAAACAUUCUUUAAAAAAUGGUGAAUUAACCAUAACAGUUGAAAAAAAAGCAUAG